UCGAAUCCAUCCCACCUCUCGAGCUCUUUUCUGAAGCCGCAAGCGAACAGAGCACACUGCACGCAUAGCAGUUUCCCUUUCAGAUAUUUUCUUCGAUUAGCCACCAUGACUGCCUUGGCCAAGCCCGCCGCCUCAGCGCCGAAGCCCUCCGCUGCCAAGCCGAAGGCGGCCGCCGCUGGCGCCUCCCACCCGACCUACUUCGAGAUGAUCAAGGAGGCGAUCGCGGCGCUCAAGGACAGGACCGGGUCGAGCUCGGUCGCCAUCGCCAAGUACAUCGAGGAGAAGCACGGCAAGGCCCUCCCGGCCAACUUCAAGAAGAUGCUCUCCGUCCAGCUCCGCGCGUCCGCCUCCAAGGGCAAGCUCGUCAAGGUCAAGGCCUCCUACAAGCUCUCAGACGCCGCCAAGAAGGACGCGCCCAAGCCCAAGGCCAAGCCCGCCGCCCCCAAGGCCGCGGCGAAGCCCGCCAAGGACGCCGCCAAGCCCAAGAAGAAAGCGGCCGUGAAGCCCAAGAAGGCCGCCGCCGCCGCUGGCACGAAGCGCAAGGCGCCCGAGAAGAAGACGCUGGUCGCCAAGGCCAAGAAGUCGCCUGCGGCCAAGGCCAAGGCAAAGCCGAAGACCGUCCGCUCCCCGGCCGCCAAGAAGGGCCGCAAGGUCGCCGCCGCUUGAUCUGAUCUGAUCUGAUAGGUGGUUUUAGGUGUGCGUUGGUGUUCUCGGUCUGUACAAAAGGAUGCCUCAUCCUCCCUGAUUUAGGUUUCGGUUCUGCUAGGCAGGUUCUAUGUAUCGCUGGUGGUGUUUAGUGUCUGGAAUGUUCAGGUAUCAGAUGUAUCCAGCUCUAACUCUGAAAUGAAUUUGCAGUUUCCCAGUUUC